AUGGGCCAUUCGGCGGGGUUCCAUGCAGCGGCCGUCGGCCCGACGAGCACAGGCUUGUCCGUCGCCCGGCCUACGCACUGCCAGUCGCCGACGUUGCGCGCCGCGCCCAUGUCGUCCGGGUUUCCUUCACCCAGGCAUGACGACCAGACCCGUUUCUCGGCGUCGCCGGACGUGGGCUUGUUCACGCCGUCCACACCAGGCCCCGCAGCCGUCAUCGACCUCAACAUGACGCCUGGGUCCAGCAGUGGCGGGCGGCCUUCCAUCGAGAUGCAAAGAAAGCCGGCGCGUGCACCAUACAAGUACAACUUCCCAUUCCUCACCAACGAUACAACCGUCUCCGUGGACGACAAUUGUGUCGAUCCACUGUACAAGCAUGUGUUCCCGCCACAGGUUGCUCCUCGACUCUCCUUCAUCAGGUUGCCUUUAAAGGUGGUCCCUUUUCCACUGUUCGAGCUGCAGAGCCACUGGGUGGCGGGCGUUCUGUCGGGGCGAUUCAAGCUCCCAUCCAAGGACGAGAUGAUGCGAGACGUGGCGGCCUUCUACUCGCGUGUGGGCGCUCGCGGAUGGCCCCGAAGAUACACCCACAGACUGCGAGACCGCGAGUUCGAGAACGAGGACUGGCUCGCGGAGCAAUGCCGGCGGGGCGGGCCCGAGGGGUGGAGGAGGGAGAUGUUCGACGCGGCGAUGCGGGUCAUGGUGGAACGCCCGGAGACCUACCGGGACGAGUGGGACGGCGGCGACUACGACCACUUGCUGGCCCGAGCAAACCGAGAUUUCACGGUGCAUCUUCCCGCCCCUCUCCGGCCUUGAUUGAUCGCCGU